GCCAGGUUCUAGAUGCUAUUGACAAGGAAGGCUUGAAAAAUACUACACUAGUUUACUUUGCCUCUGAUCAUGGUGGAUGGCUGGAAAGACAAGAAGGCAAAAGGCAGCUGGGUGGCUGGAAUGGAAUAUACAGAGGUGGAAAAGCUAUGGGAGGCUGGGAAGGAGGAAUCCGAGUCCCAGGGAUAUUUAGAUGGCCAGGGGUGUUACCUGCCGGCACAGUCAUUGAUGAACCUACAAGCCUCAUGGACAUUUAUCCUACAGUAGUUCAUCUGGCUGGAGGGGUGUUACCCCAGGACAGGGUAAUUGACGGCCAGGAUCUGAUGCCUUUACUGCGAGGAACAGUUGAUCACUCAGAGCACGAGUUCCUGUUUCAUUACUGCGGCGUUCACUUACAUGCUGUGCGGUGGCACCAGAAGGACAGUGGAGCAAUCUGGAAGGCUCAUUAUGUGACCCCUGUCUUCCAUCCACCUGGGGCUGGGGCUUGUUAUGAUAGAGGAUUUUGCCCAUGUUUUGGGGAAGGCGUGACCCAUCAUGACCCUCCGUUGCUGUUUGAUCUCUCGCGAGACCCCUCUGAAGCCAAACCCCUGACGGCUGACACCGAGCCCCUCUUUGACACUGUAAUAAGGAAGAUUGGAAGAGCCAUAGAAGAGCAUCGCAGGACACUGACUCCAGUCCCAGAGCAGCUCUCCUUGUACAAUGUUGUGUGGAAGCCAUGGCUGCAGCCGUGCUGCGGGACGUUCCCAUUCUGUUGGUGUGAUAAGGAAGGUGAUAAUAAACUUAUCGACCUAUAAAGAAAAGAACCAAAGUUA